GACCUCACAAAUUCGUCUCGCUGUCAGCAGUAGUAGCCAGCAAAAGUGCGUACAAGUGAUCGAGAAAGUUUGGAUUUACGGUUGUAAAAAGUGUCGAGCGCUGCUCAAAGUUAUUAAAUUUUCUCGCCCGAAUCCCGCCGUGUCGGCUAGCAUCAUUUUGCAACGGUUUUAAUCGUGUUUCGCGAGUGUUUUUUCCGUCGAAAGAUAGCAACCUCUAGAGUUCCAGAUUCUUUUGCAGAAAAUAAUCAAGAAAAAAUCGGAUACAUUCGCCAUUGCUGGAAGGCGGAAGAAAUUUAGUUCGUGCAAAAGUGAAGAAAAAGUCGUCGCCUUUCCAGGGGCAGUAGUUAUUUGCGGAGCAGCCAGCAGUGGGAGUGAAGUUUUUAUUAUCCGAAAUAAUAAUACAAAAAUCGCAGACGUCAUCUUCUCUGCUCGAUUCGGAGGAGACAACGGUCAGACUGUCGUUCGAAAGACAGUGAAAGGAAAAGGGAUCACCCCGGAAGCGAUUGCAGUCGAAACAAAAACUUCAGAAAUAACAAUUAUCUUCAUCGUUCAGGACACGGAACUACACUAACCUGCAGGCUUCAUCUCAAGUAGGCGGCAUCGUAUUCACCACCGGGCAAUCGAAACAAAAUCAGCUGCUAGAUAUUCAGCAAAAAGCCAACACUGGGCGCAUCAAAUCAAGACUGGUUGAGGUGCGCAACAGGGUUCCACACUUUUUCGCUGAUGAAGAUUCUCUGGCAGCAUGAAUGCAUUGGGGGGAACUAGGGGGGAGCGCAAUGCAAAGCCCAAAUUCGCAGCAUUAGAUAUCAACAAACUCUACAGCACAAGUCGGGGAGAAUCUCUUGAACCAUCCACUCAGAAAAGUGCCGCUCCUCGUAAACAUGGAAUGCAAAGCUUGGGAAAGGUCCCCUCGGCUCGUCGCCCGCCAGCAAACCUUCCGUCUUUGAAGGCAGAAAUCUCCACUCCAUUGGAUCAGCAAGGCACCUGGGCUAACGAGUCAGGAGACAACCAGAACAACAACUCUAGUAUUACUUCAACAUCAGUAGCACCGCCAGCAGCCGCCGGUAGCAGCACAAACAACAACGCCUCGGUUGGUGCCGCGGGUUAUCACAGCACUUCACACGCCAGCAAUCCACAGAUUCCCCACUCGAACGCAUCUUCCUCUGCACAAUGGAGUUCGAACGAGUUCCCCUCCCUGGAUGGCACUGGUCACUAUGGUCCGAACAGCAAACAGCAGCAUCAUCACCAUCAUCACCACGAUGGCACAGAUGGGCGACCGAUGGGACAGUACAUGGAUGGUCCACAGGUCAGCCUGAGGCCGCAAACGGAUGCAGCGAGUUGGAUGCAGCAACAGCAGCAGAGCAGUGGAGGCGGAAACAGCGCCGGAGCUAUGAACGGGCCAAACAGCAACCAACAGGGCCAGGGCCCCCAACAGCAAACGGCUGCCCCUCUGCCUCCACAGUUCCGUGCCCUGAUGCCAACGUUCAUGUAUCGUGGCAACGGAGGCGGAGGUGGAAAUUCCGUCACGCCACCACCUUCGAACGAGGAUAUCAAUCGUGGCAAUUCUGGCGGCGGUGGUGGUGGAGGAAUUGGAGGUGGUAUGCGAAACAACAACAACGCCAACAUGGGUUACAACAGUAUGCUACCAAGCUUCGUAGCUCCUUCGACGAAUCAUCACCAAUCACAUGGAUCAAAUUAUUCGCCAACGCAGUCGGGUGGUAGAUACCGUGAUUCGUAUUCGGGUGGACGCCGCGGGCAGAUGCAGCCUCCUCGUCUCGCCAACAGACAGCAACAACAACAGCAUCAGCAGCAGCAACAGCAGCAACAACAAAACCAUGAGGAUAAUCGCUCGCAAUCCGCUGCUCCCACUUAUGUAGAACCAGACAUUCAUGUCCAGCGACCGAUUAUACGAGACGAGGAGCUACAGCGAAUAGAGGCAAUUGCUAAAGAUGAAGGUUGGGCCAAGGAUGAUGAAAUCGAUUACAACCAGAAACUGCAAUUCUCGGACGACGAAUCGGAACCAAGUCCACCAAAAGAGAUUCCAUUUCCAAUUGUUAAGCAAGAUAAACCGCCUCCACAAGUGCAGCAGCAACAGCAGCAGCAGCAAAUGCAAGAGCAGCAAGUGCAGCAGCAGUCUCAGCAGGAGGAUGAUAAGCGCAUGGCGUGGAGUCGAGAGGUAGAACGAGAACAAGAGAGGCUUGAACAGGAACGAAUUGAGCGUAUUGACCGCGAACGCCAAGAACGAGAAAGAGAACAACCGUCUAUGCGUCCAUUUCAACAAAACGGUCAUAUAGGUGGGAGGGGUUUAGAUGCUGAGGCAAAGGAAAGGCUAAAACAACGCCGGGAAGAAGAUCAAAGACGAGAAAUGGAACGAAAGCAAGCUGCUGCAAGAAAACUGCAAGAACUUGAGCAGAAAUUGAAUCGCAAGAAAAACGAAGAUAAUGUAGCGGGAUCUGUGGUCGCACCGGCAGUUGCUAAAGCUGAGGAAGAUCGUGAUCAGGCGGUAUCUGGUUACAGUGAAUCUGGCGAAAGCAAGGAACGCAGCAGUUCAAGUGUUCGUGGUGGAGAUAGAGGAGAUAAAGGGGAUUCUAAGGAGUAUAGAGAUCGUGAUCGGGAUCGGUAUGAUUAUGGACGACAUGACAGAGAUUACCGCGAUCGAGAUAGAAGCGAUUGGGAUAGAGGAGAUCGAGAUAGAACAGAUAGAACAGAUAGAGAUCGUGAGCGCGAAGGUUGGAGUGAGGCACCGCCCUUCUCUAAAAAUUUUCAAUCCAACCUACCGCCACGUUUCCAGAAGCGUAAGCUGGAACGAAACCCUUCCGGAAAUAGUUUGCAAGGAAGUGGAGGGUACAUAACAAGGGAUCAGAAUAUCAGUCGCAGCAACAGCACUGCCAACCAAGGAUCGAUGGUAUCGCAAUCCCAGCAACAGAGCGAUGGCAAGAGCGUACCAUUCGCCCAGCAGUAUGAUCCGCGAUUCAUACACACUCAGCAAAAUUAUGGUAAGAGCCAACCAACUGGAGGUUCCAGGAAAGGUGAAGACAGCUCUCGUGGACGUGACGUGAGGGAUCGUGACGGCGCAACGAAAGACAAGGAUCAACAACGAGAACGUGAGAUGGUUCCCAGAGAGAUUAUGAAAAGGCGUAUUGAUUCAGAAGAGGACGACCGUUUCAGCAGCAGUGGCAGAGAAUCUUCGAGUAAGCUCAGUGGUGGUAGAAACACUCCGCAGCUGAACAGAAGUGUAUCGGAUGCAUCGCAAAGGAAAACGAGCGUUUCUAGUGAUGACAAUAAUCGUCAAAUGGAUCAUCACCAUCAUAACAGUUCAAGAGAAAUCAUUGGUUCUUGGGAAAGUGAAACGGAAAAAGAAGACAGGCGACAAGCAGAAGCGGCGGCAGCGUUGGCAAAGGAAAAUCAGCUACAACAGCUUCAAUUGCACACACAGCCGGAAAAUCGUAGGACGUCUGAAUCUUCUGUUGUAUCGGAUAGUGAACCGAAACAGAUUCUGCAACGGAUCAAAGAAUCUUCACCUGUGCUAACCGAAGAAGCACCAAAUGCAAGAACUGAUGAAUCGAAACCAAUCGAGCCUAAACUGUUGACGAAACCAUGGGAAGACACGGUUGAAGCCGUUGAUGAUGGAUAUGAAGCUUUCGAUAUGAGUUCGUUCUCAGCUGACAGUAAGAAGGAUGCGUCUAUCCCUGAUCUGUCUAAAAGUGAUAGUGGCAAGGUGACAGACCAAGAGAAUAAGAUGAAUAUUGAUAGUGGAAAGGAAACGGAUGACAGUAAAUACGGUCCAAAGAAACCAAUGCAUUCGAGGGGUGCUGGAAGGCACGAUUCACGAGGAGGUGGUGGAGGAGGACAUGCUCGUGGUGGGUUUGGCGGCGGUUUCCACCGUGGCGGUGGUGGUGGAAGUUGGGGUCGCAGAGGAGGCGGCCCUGGUGGCGCUCGAUUGGGACAUGGUCGGAACUACAAUCAAGAUUAUUGGAGUGAAUCAGAUUUUUCUGAAGAUGGCGAUGAGGAAUUAAGAAAGGAUGGGAAAUAUGAUCGCAAGGAAGGAAUGGGUAACCAAUAUCGAAACAGUGGAUCAUCUUCUGGGCAACCCCAAAAUAUGAAAGAAGGAUUUGCUCCACGUGGUGAACCAUCACGAAGAGGGCGUGGAGGGAUGAAUACAGCAAUGAGUGGUCCCGGAUUCCGAAAGACAACAGUUGGAAAGAAAAUGGAUGGAUAUGGUCCGCCUAGCUCUAAAAGUCCUUUUGGAAGUAGCGAAGAAAAGGUUGAAUCGAAGAAUCAGUCUGCACCGAAGGAUGUUAAAGCAGUAGAUCAGAAUUCAAACGCAGAUGACAGAACAAAACAGAAACAAGCUGCAUUGAGUGCUGGAUUAACGAACAAACCGAUCGGUGGCCCGAAACCGCCUUCUACGGGGCCGCUGCCUCAAAGAAGCCCUUCUGGAAAUAUGAAACCGCCUGGUAAACCGGCCGAAGAAACCCUUUCUGAUCAAGAGAAACUGAAAGCAUCACUGGAAAAGAAAACGCGGAAUGACAGCAAAACCGAAUCUCAUGACGAGAAAUUGAAGGAAAAGCCUAAAACUGAGAGCGAAAGUCAUGAUACGGAUGAUACAAGCAAGGACAGUCAGAAAUCAGGUCAAACUAGACCUAAGCAACAACAACUCCAGCAACAGCCGAUUACUGCAAAAACAGGACAACAAACUGCUACCGUAUCCAUUGGAAAGUCUUCGACUACGAAUACGAAGCCAAGUACAGUUGUCCCCCCGGGAACGACAACAGUUCCGAGUUUGAAAAUGGUAACGCCUGCAGCUCCUGGUAUGCAACAAGCUAAGCCAGGACAGGAUACACGAAGUCAAACGAGUAAUCGAUCUAUGAAUAUAACACCACGUAUGGUAAAACCCAAAGAACGACGCGAUGGUGGAUUCCAGGAUGGUCAACAUAGUGGUGGCGAAACCAAUGAGUCUGAAUCGAACGUUGUGGUUAGUUCUCAGCAACAGCCAGCGCAAGAGAAGGUCAGCACGUUAAACGUCAACUCUUCAAAGACUGAUAAUAGUAAGCAACAUUUAGACGGAACGACGCCACCCGUAAAUACGAUCAUUUUUGAGAACACCAACUACAAGUCUUCGACAGUUGUUGUGUCCACAGUGCCACAGCACCUUCACCAGCAACAACCGCAACAGCCACUGCAAAUUCAGGUUCAACAGUCACAGACACAGGCACCUGCUCCAGCCCAAAUCAAACGACAACACUCUGGAGGUGUGUCUGGUCCGCUGAUUACGCUCCAUCAACAACAACAGCAACAAACUCAACAUCAGCCACAACAUCAACUUCAACAGCAACAACAAAUGGUGCAAAUCAUUAAGCAAGAACAUUCUAUAAGACACCCAUCGCAAGAGGAAGCAUUCAAAGCGGCAGCUGGGGUACCAAACGCUGGAACGAUGCAUGACAUAAUGGAGCAACAUCAACAUCAACAGCCUCAAAGACCACAAUCGGCAAAUGGUCCUCAACAACAACCACCCUCGCAACAACAACAGCAGCAAAUGCAACAAUCCCAAAUCCCAUUGCAGCAGCAGCAGAUCCAACAACAACCAAGUUCGCAAGCUGAUGUUAUUACUAAUGCACUUCAUAAUAUGACGUUUGCUAAACCUACGGAAGCUGACUACGACAAAGAAAUGAAACCAUUCUCAUUCGAUGCUGACAUUUCGCAGCUGAUUGAAGCAAAGAACAAGGCAGCUGGGCUUUGCCUUCCCAAGGCCCAAAACAUGAUUUCUCCAUCAACGGCUGAACUGAACAUGAAAAUUGCCAGCGUGAAGAAAGUAUGGGAGAUGCCAAGUGUCGCGGAACAUGUAACUGAAGAUCAAGCGAGUGCGGCUGCUGCAGCUGUGCAGCUAGCAGCCAAUUUCGCAGCUGUAAAUUCUCAGCACCAGCAACAUCUUCAUCAAUUCCAACACUCGCACAGCAACUUGUCCCAUGCUCAUCAGGCUCAUACAUUAGCUGCUGCGGCGGCUGCGGGUCAAUCGUACGCAGGAGGAUUUGGACAGGAGCAACAAUCGCUGGAACAGCAUUUCAGCAAACCCAACAAUGAAAGUGUGGUAAUCGGUGGGGGAACGACGGGAGGCAAUGAUGGUGAUAAUAAUUAUAAUAAUCCGCAACACGCAGUUGUUGGUCAAGGAAACAACGUUCAGCAUCAGGCAGCGGCCAACAUGAACAUGAAGCACGCCGCUGAUGUGUUAACUAAUAAUGUCAACGUUUGCAAAGUAAAGCCAACGCAACAGAACAUGCAUCAAUCGGCGGGACUUGGUCUUUCGCCUCCUCCCAUGCAGCAAGGUACUAUUCAGUCCGCGCCUUACUAUCAACCAUCCCAAUAUGGUAUGUCUGCUAUUCCUUCGCCACCAGCCGUGAUUUAUAAUUCGUCUGCCUUGCCUUCUCAAGGUGGACUCUACAAUGCAUUCCAAAUCGAAGCAGCGGGUCGUUCGCAGUUUUCGCAAUUCCCCGCUCAUUAUGGUACAACUGGAACUGGCCCAUAUAAUGCGUAUAUGACUACGCCCCCAAAUAUUCAAACUGCCCCAACGCCAGACAUGUAUCCGAGUAUUACUUCCCAGUUUCGUAUGGGCGGCGCCGUCCAAAGUCCCUACAAUCCAUCGCCGUCGCAGCAGUUGAAUAACCCCAGCACGAUGCUGAUCUCAUCGAGUACAAACUCGCUCAUGUCGUCGUCGGUGAAACCUUCGUCCCAACAAAUCGGUGCAAUAGGCUCUAAGAGCGGUUCCGUUGGCCAGCCUUACGGUCAGCAAUAUAUGGGAAUGUUCCAACCGGCUCCACCCCUGCAAAACAACAGUUUCUACUCGAACUCUGCUGGGGGACAGAGUGCAUUUUUCGGUGGCGCAGGAGCAACGCAAAACUACGGUAUUCCGGCUGCCGCUGCCGGAAUGUUCGGCGGACACGGCGCUCAAACUCCAUCCAAUGCUCCCCCACCGCAACAGCAGCUUCCAAACUAUCCCAACGCGUCGCAGUUUUUAAAUUCACCACUGGCGCUGGCGGCCAACGCCAUCUCGCAGCAAUUUCGUGGAGGACCUUCGACGAACCCGCAAUCGGCAGCCGCAGCUGCAGCGUACAUGAAAGGAAGUCAGGCCCAAUCGCACAUGCAGGACCCUAAUGGUCGGCAGCUGAAAAGCCCUUUGAAUUCUGAUGGAAUGAAUAAUUUAAAACAGAUUCCACCCCAAGCGAGUCCGCCACAUCAUAAAGGUUACGCAACAGCAUGGGAAAUACAGAAUCAACUGAUUCAACAACAACAGCAGCAAAACCAACAGUCCAACCAACAGCAACAGCCACAACAACAGCCCAAUCCCCAGCAGCAUCCCCAGCAGCAAAUGGGUCAGCCACCGCAGUCGCAGCAGCCCAACUCAAACCGAAAUAUGAUGCCUCCCAACCAGCAACCUCCGGCUGGGCUCGGAGGUGGUGCUGGUGGCGUGGGAGGUCGCCCUCCGCAAGGUGUGCAGGGAGGAGGCAUGCCUCAGCGGUACCCUUCGCCAAUUCAACGGCCGACCAAUUACUCGCAGCCACCGGUACAGGGUAUGCAUCAGCAGCGGCCAAUACGUCAGUCAGGACAUAAUCCCGGCCAACAGCAACAGGCAAACAUGGCACAAGCGAUGGGCAACCCCAACAAACACUACUACGGAGGAAAUCGAGGAGGUGGCCACGUCAACCCGAUGAAUGAGCAGAACCUUGGCGGGAAGCCUGGUGGCGGAAAUGAGAAAGCAGUACUCGAUGGAGAUGUUGGCAAAGAUGAUUCCAAGAAGAAGUAAGCGCCAAAUCAAAAAUGGUCUUCAAUGGAGAAUAGACGACGAGCAUUGAUUACUUAGAGAAAAAAAAACUACUGAAAACAAGUAAUGUGGGAUAUUAAAUACAUUUUGGUCGUAUAUAGAACUCAGUUCAACUGCAUAAGGAAAAAAGUAUUCAUUUUACAGUCGUAACAAAAAGUGAAAAAAACACUAUAUAGAGACAGUCAAAAGGUGCGUAGACGUUUCAGAAUGUUAAUGUAAACUACACGAAAAAGUAUGUAUUAUUGGUGAACAAAUAAAAUACCUAUUUAUUAAUUCAAAUAGUUAAUGGAAAUCAUCGGAAAUCGAUUAACCACAUAUAAAACUACAAAUAAAAGAUACCAGCAAACAUCGUCUCGUAACUCACGACAUUGGCUUUGGCAAUGCUAAACAUUACAAUAUUAUCGUAUCAAAACAUAUAGCUGACCAUCUGGAUAACGCAUUCACAGGAAGCAAAUGGAUAGACAAUUUCUGUUUAUUUUAUAUCUGAUACUACACAAUGCUUAUCAUUGCUCCCGGGUAUCAGUGAAAUGGUUCGGUUUGACUGGGCUUCACUAUAAACGCAGAUGAAACUUUUGAACCUACUUAAUUUAUGACAUGACUUGUGUUUAUGUAUAUUGACUGUUUCCUCCGGCAGUGCAAUUGAAGCAGGGAAAAAUGAUACUAAUAGGAGAAAAACUUACACGCACGUCAAAAACAUCUAGGGGGGAGUAUGAAGGUAGAUGAGAAGGCAUACCUAUAACCUAUCCUUACGAUGCAAUAUACGCAACAUUUACAGAUUCAUUUGAUCUGAUCUUUAAAAAUAUUGACGAUUGCAGUUUGUGUAACGAAUGCAACUUAUAUGCAAUUGAAACGAGACAGAAAAUUCAACCGGCAUAGCGACAGUAAAAUAACAAGCAAAAUGAUGCUGCUGACACGGCAAAUGGGAUUCGGCGAGAGAAAAAAUAUAUUAAAAUAACUGCUACUACUUUUGAGAAUAUAAAAAAACGUUUACAUAAGUACGGCUCAGACAACAUCCAAAUCGCUUGCACCAAGCAGCAAUUCUGAAUUUGAGGGAAGUUGUGCCGCUACUUUGAUUGAGAAUCGUUCGUUCCCUGAAAUGACGAUUCUCAUGACAAAUUAAAUCAAUCCUUACAUAACAGAUACCCUAAGAAUAACAACAAAAUAUUCGAUGGAAGUAAACAAGUAUGUCUACUCAGAAGACUAUUAGCUUAAUACAAUUAUAAGAGAAUACACAAGAAAUGCUGAAACACAUAAAUAAUUAAUGCAUGAUACAACAAUUACAUAUAACUUAUAAACAGAAACAAGUUUCAAACGAUUAUACUAGUAAUUCACCUUAUUAUAAUUAUUCUUAUCGAUAACAGAAGUACGUGAAAUAUACUUGAGUAUAAUCAUUAUUUUGUCGUAACAUUUUCGCGAAUUUUGACCGAAGGAAAUCCAGAUAUAGAGAGGAUUAUCCGUUCGCCUUUGUUCAUUUUUAUUAUAUGAAUAGACGAGACUAUUACCUAUGCAUUAGCGAGCCAAACUUUCUAUUUAACGUACGAAGUUCAACGCAAAAUCACCCCAUAUUACGUGAUUGAGGGCAUGGGUGGACAAAGGAAUACUACAACAUAACAGGAAUAAAAUUUGCUGAAACAUGCUGAAAUGAAAUAGUAAAAAAAAGAUAGGAUGAUUGAUAUGGAUUUACAUUUGCACAUCUAAGCAAAACAAGUUUUAGUUUAUGUUCAGAGCAAAAAAUGUUUUAUUUAUUUUCUAUCUUAAUAAUUAUAAUUCGCUGCCGAAUUAAAAAAAAAUGGAUGAAAUGGUGUUAGCGGAAAAAUCACUCACACACACACAUUCACACGCAUAUACACAGCAAAACAAAAUAAAUGAGUAAUUCACACACUUACACACACAAUUAGAAGGUUGAAUAGAGAGAAACGAGGAACGGUUAAAUCUUAUAUAUGGUUCAGAAAGGACGACUGGAGAAACAGUAAUAGAUGAAUGGUAAUGAAAAACUGAGAAAAAUGAAUACAUUCAAGUAUCUAAAACAAUUCAAACAAACAAAAAAAGUUUAUAAAAUUUUGAAAAAUGGCAAGAAAAAAAAAAUAAAAAUCGAUAAACCGAAAGUCUAGAAAACCACAAAA